UUUUUUUUUGGCUCCUAAUGUGUUGUUGACUAGAGUAUUAAUAAAUACUCAUCCCGCUAUCAUGGACGAUCCCCCUGGUUCCAUGCUGACGAAUUUCAGGAAGUUGAUCCGAUAACACUGGGCCUGGAUUCUACGGAUACUACCCCCGUCAUCUAGAUACAUGCUACGUCUUUCUUGCAUGGUCAAUUAAUAGUUCUCUUGCGCUCCGUCGAUGCAUCCAAUAUUCUCCGAAUAAUACCUUCGGUUUUUUUUCACUCUCCUCGGUGAAUCACCCAACACAAAAAACCAUGGAUCUACAGUACGAACCCCCUCCGCAACAACAAGCGGGUAAAGAAUGGUACAAUUUUCCUACCGAGAUUGAACGCUCCCUCACCUCCGUCUUUGCUCCUCGGAAUAUCCUUAUCGUUGGUGCCGGUAUUGCCGGUAUCUCUUGUGCCCUCGCCCUCUCCAAAGAACUCGCUCCUUUCGUCCCCGACCUCCAGAUCACCAUCUUCGAACGCCAUGACAUUCUCUCGACCUCCGGUGGAGCUAUCAACCUUACCCCUGUCGCCCAACGACAUCUCGACCGUCUCGGUGUCCUCGCCGAACUCGAUAAAAUGGGCACAGAAGGCGGCACGGACGUCGAAGCCAUCGAACUCUUCUCCAGCCGAUCCGGCCGCCAACUAGGCAGCAUCGACUUUACGGAUCAAAACGGCAACGGGUUCGGUGGAUAUAAAGGGCGCCGGGUAAUGCGGAUCGUCCUGUCAGUGGCUAUGCUGACGGUGGUGGAGCGGACGAAGAACGUCAACGUGGUAUUCGGGAAGAAGCUUGUCCGCGGCGAGGAAACAGAAGACCAAGCCGUCCUGCAUUUCCAGGACGGCACCACCGCUACCGGUGACCUGGUCCUGGGUUGCGACGGCGUGCACUCGGCUACCCGCUCCCAAUGGGUAUCUCCGAAACACCCGUCCGAGUACACCGGCAUUUCCUUCCUGCAGACCGUCAUCGACGCCAAGAGUAUCAAAUCUCCGAUCCAUUUUCGCUCCACCUCCAUGAACAUCUCCCGUCAUGGGUCCCUGCUAGCCAGCUAUUGUGAUCGCGAACACGAUCAGAUCUUCCUGGCCGCCAUCGUGCAGUUCAGCGAGGCGCACUUAGCUUACUGCAAGAUCGAGAACGGUCAGGAUUGGGUCACGCAGCACCGCAUCAAGAAUGUCUUGCAUCAAGAGAUGCAGUCCCGCUUCGGGAAAUCCGGGAUCCCCUGCAUCCGUGAGAUGACGAGCAAAGCCGGUGAUUGGAUGCUCUACCCCGUCUACCAGGUUCCUCCGAAUGCACGAUGGCACACCGAUCGAGCUUUACUCCUCGGUGAUGCUGCACAUGCUAUGCCCCCGCGCGACGAAUCCGCCGCCUACGCCCUCGACGACGCCAUCCUCUUCUCCCGCAUCCUCGCCAAACACCGCCACGAACCCCUCCCCGUCGCAUUCAAAGCUUACGAGGACCUCCGCCGCAACACCGUCAACUCCGCCUUCAAGGCCUCCCGCCGCAUGUGGGAGAAAAAUCGUGACAUGGGCUACCUCGAAGGCCGACUCAAGGAAUGGACCCUGCCGUUCUACCUCCGCAAUCACAGAGAGGAGAGAGAAGCGGCGUGGGAGUUUGACGCCACCCAAAUUACCAUCCCCAUGCCGGUCGAGGGGGGCUCACUGUAUUCUUACGGAAAGUCGGAUUGUUCAUAGAUUGGCGGGUCUAGGUCUUUUUCUGUAUGGGCUGUCUCGGUUGGGCGGGAUUGGUUGGGUUGGAUGGAUGGUCGGUUGGUCGGUCUGGGUGGGAUAGGCUGCAUAUAUGGAGUAUUGGGUCUUUCUGGUACACUUUGCAUAGCAUUUCUUUGACGAGAUAUGAUGGCGCUAUUAUUGCUGCUGUUGGUAUGACAUUGAACUGGCUCUUUUCUUCUCUUUUGAUCGACUUGUUUAGAUUGCGCUGGAUUUUUUUUCCGCUGCGCUUUAUGUUGAGAUUUCUAUGUCACGGCGAGUGCUAUGAGCGUCCGUGCGGGUUUCUGCUACUAGUACCUAAUGUAGAAGUACUAACUAGAAAAGUCAUUUCUCAUCUAUCAUUCGAGUUCUAGCGCUGCGGGG